AUGAGGGAGAUCCAUGAGCUGUCGAUGCUCGCCGUGGACAAUGUCGCACAGAGGCCAAAUUUCCUAGUUAGAUACCCUACCGUAGCUGGACUGGUUAAGGAUUUUGAGGCGGCUCACCUCAAAAUAAUCCAAGACGCCUCAGACGAGGAGUUUACCGCGGAAGACGCAAUCCGGUUCCCCACGGACUCUUGGGACUAUUUACUCCUCAAAUUCUUGUUAGAAAAACUACCUCGUUUGCUUCGCGAGAAAUUCGAAUCCGAACACCGGGCAGAGGAGAUACCAAAGUACGCGCAACUCACGAAGUUCCUAUCGGAUCACUGCCGGGUUCUCGCGUCCGUAUCGGGCCCCACGAAUAUGUCGAUCAAGUCACAGUCGUCUUCGGCAAAAAAAUCCGCAUCGGCCUCGUCGCUUGCUACUCAGACCGCCAAGUGUCCGGUGUGCAAAGAACAACAUCUCGUGUUUAAGUGCCUUCGAUUCUUGAAACUAUCCCCUCGGGAAAAGCAUUCAACGGCCAAAACCGCGAAUUUGUGUCUCAAUUGCCUUCGCGCGGGUCAUGGCAUUAACAACUGCACAUCGACGGGGACGUGCCGGUCGUGCCAGGCUAGGCAUCAUACCCUAUUGCACUUCGGACGGAAUUCGGAUCCAGCGGGCACCCCGGCGGAUACCGGAGCCCCCUCCGAAUCGGCCGUCAAUGAGAGUUCGUCGCCACAAAAUAAUGAGCCCCUCGUCACCAUGACCAGCGUCGCGAAAUCGAGUUCGACCGUAUUACUGUCAACGGUGCAGGCCGAAGCUCUCGACGUCCACGGGAAUCCAUUCCCUGUUCGCAUUUUUUUAGAUAGUGCUAGUCAAUUAAACUUUAUCUCGGAAAAUUGCAUGCAAAAGGGUGGUUUCGGACGAACCAAAGGUCGUACGGUAGUUCUAGCGGUUAAUGAUACUAAGGCAGCUGCUACUCGAGGUAGCACCUCACUCGUGAUUCAAGUACAGGGUAAUGGCAAUACUCGCGUUCCGAUAAAGGCUACGAUUCUCCCACGCAUCUCCGCCCAAUUACCUAGUAGUCAAGUCGAACAAAGAGCGUGGAAACACAUAGAGGAAUUGAAGCUCGCGGAUCCGCAGUAUCACCGACCGGGCCCCAUCGAUAUCUUAAUUGGCGCAGAGAUCUUUACGUCAUUGCUUCGAGACGGUCGUCGUAUAGGGAAGAAGGGCGAACCAGACGCCUUUAAUUCCAUUUUCGGUUGGGUUCUAGUCGGUUCGGUGUCGACGCAGGCAUCUCGGUCUACACACUCGUUCCUGACUUUCGAUUCAUUAGACGUGUCUCUCAGUCGAUUUUGGCAGUUAGACGAGAUUCCCACGGCUCCGCCGUAUUCACAGGAAGAUAGACGUUGCGAGGAAUUAUUCGCGCAGAUCACGCGUCGCGAUGUAUCUGGUCGAUUUGUAGUAUCGUAUCCUUUCAUAAAGAAUAAACCUUGUUUCGUUGGCACGCGUCAAGUAGCCGUGAACAGAUUUCGCGCACUUGAGCGUGGCUUCAAAUCGGAUAAAGAAUUCAAAAUAAAUUACAGCAAAUUCAUGCAGGAUUACUUAAAUAAUGGCUAUAUGAAAUUGAUCAAGCAGCCGCUCCCAGUGGACGGACCUGUCUUUUACCUACCCCAUCAUGGGGUAUUCAAGUCGGAUAGCACGACUACGAAAUUGCGCGUCGUAUUUGAUGGAUCGGCUAAGGAUCUGAACGGCGUCUCGCUGAAUCAAAUGUUGCGAUCCGGUCCUAAAUUACAAUCAGACAUAGUUGUGAUAUUAUUGAUGUUCCGGCUCGGUCUCGUAGCGCUCACCGCGGAUGUCAGACAAAUGUUUCUUCAGAUAUUGGUCGAACUCGCGAUUGCUUGCAUGUUAAAGUUAGCGGCCGAAGGCAAAACAAGUUACCCAUUGGCCGCGGCUGCCUUGGAAGAGAGCGUUUACGUCGACGAUGUGGUGGCAAGCGUCGAGUCAGUGGAGAAGGCCCGCGAGCUUCAGCGGCAACUACAAGCCUUGCUUAAAACUGCCGGCUUCGAACUCAGAAAAUGGGCCAUCCGUCGCAUCUUUGAUCCAUUGGGGUUCCUGACCCCGCUUACAUUCAUGGCCAAACGAUUGAUCCAGCAACUCUGGAUGCUCAAGGUAGAGUGGGACGACAGGCCUCCCUCGGAGACAUGUUCUAAAUGGGAAAGAUACAAAUCGGAGCUCUCCGCGUUAGCCUCUAUUCGUAUACCUCGUACUAUCACGGUCGUAAAUAACGUGGUCAGGCAAGAAAUCCACGGAUUUUGUGACGCGAGCGAGCAGGGCUACGGAGCCGUUGUAUAUAUUAGACUCGUCACCGAGAAUGGGGUGAUAAUCCGUGUGCUCAUCGCCAAAUCAAAGGUGGCCCCACUCAAGGCUAUCACAUUACCGAGACUCGAACUUUCCGCGGCUGUCUUGCUGUCAGAUUUGUUGGAAUAUGUCGAGAAAAUUCUCCGACCUAAAGUUGCCAUCGACGACACAUACGCCUGUCGGAUUCUGAGGGGCUUGUUUCCCCAGGAACUAGUCGAUCACCCGCUGUGGUGGACCGGUCCUGCGUGGCUCGUCGAAUUUGAACCCACUCAAGAAACAACAUUGGAAGCUAAGGAUCUUCCCGAGGAGGAAGAAAAUUCUCGCGCCUUUAUUUCCACAAAUCCUGCUGAUGAUGUAGAUUCCAUUACUGUUGUCGAUUCGCUUCUCGAUCGCUUCUCGUCGUUAGAUAAACUCGUCAGAGUGUUCGCGUAUUGUCUCCGAUUCGUUACCAAAACUAGAUCAAAUGCGCUCACUCUCGUCGUGGAUCAAAUCGAAUUUCACUCGACCUUGUUAUACCUCGUCAAAUUUGUACAAUCUCGUUGUUUCGCAGAGGAUAUCAGUAGAUUAAGACGCAAUCAGAGUUGCUCCAAACCUCUGCGAAAACUCGCCCCCUUCUUGGAUGCUCGCGGAGUCCUCAGGGUGGGCGGCAGGCUGACUCAUUCCGCCAUCUCAUACGAGGCUAAACACCCGGCAUUGCUGCCUAACCGACAUCAACUCACGGAACUUAUAGUAGAGCGCACUCACCGCGUACAUCUGCAUCCGGGACAUCGAGCGUUACAUUAUAUCCUGUCACAAAACUUUUGGAUCCUGGGGGCCCAUCAGGCCAUUAAACGCUGUCUAUCGCGCUGCUAUCGGUGCUUCAGGGCGAAUCCACGCCCGAUGCAACCGCCCAUGGCGGACCUACCAUUAGAUCGAAAUCGUUCCUGUCAGCCUUGGCGCUUCAUCGCUAGACGCGGCCGUUGCUCGCGAAUAUACAGCGACUGCGGCACCAACUUUGUCGGAGCUCAGCGAGAGCUCGUCGGCUGCAUGCAAGCCGCCUCGGAACGGGAGCAAAUCCAGUGGGCCUUCAACCCUCUCUCGGCGCCGCAUUUCGGUGGCCUUUGGGAAACCGUGGUCAAAUCGAUGAAGACCCACUUGAAGCGAGUAGUGGGGACACAGAUCCUCACCGUGGAGGAGUUCAGUACUAUUGUAACCCAAAUAGAAGUUAUCCUGAACUCCAGACCCCUCUGUCCCACCAGUUCAGAUCCCAGCGGUCUCGGGGUGCUCUCCCCGGGGCAUUUCCUCACCCGGAGCCUCUCGUGGCGGUUCCAUACCCUGACCUGA